AUGGUCUUUACGGUACUCCAGCGUCGUUGCCAUGCCAACAGAGAUUUGGUCGUCAGCUUCCCUUCCGUAGCAGAAAAAUGCUAAGCAGGAAAAGUGUGGGAUAAGACUGCUUUGCAUAAAAUUACCCAGACAGACUGUCUGUCGAGGCAGGCGAGUGUCCUGUGAAGUUGCUCCCACACACUUUUCAGGCUGUUUUAAAGAUGGAAGCCACGCUGGGUGAACAGACUGCUGUGGGUUUUUCAGCGGGGACUGAAGGACCUGAACACCGACAGGAGCUGGAAGCCUCUGACGAAGCUGUCACGUUCAUGUCCGGCAUCGAGCCUGCCGAGCUGCAGAAGUGUGUGUUUGCAGACUCGCUGGUGACUGUAUCAGAGGGGGGGAGAGAGCUGGGGGAGUUCAGUGUGACGGUGGAGUUUGCCCGGAGAGAGCAGCCAUGCAUGAUGCUUCAUGCUCAGAGCCACGGAGCCAUUGAUGACUGCCCCUGUGGGACAGCAGUGACAGCCUACCUAACGACUGACCUGCAGGUGCUGGAGGAAGAUCACCAUGAAUAUGUCAAGCUUGAGGGCCAUAGUGUGGACAAGAGGUGUCACAUGGUGCAGCGUGAUGGGGCAUCUGGUGACCAGAGUUCAGGUGGGGUCACCAGUCACCAUGAGACUUCUAGAGUUGCCAUCAAAGGCAGAAAAAGUAGAUUUCAAGAAGAUCCCCCUUGUGUGGGAGGAAGACAUGCAGAUGCGUUCUAAGUUUCUGGACAGAAAGGAAGAGCUUAAGGCCGACCACUCCUCAUACUUGAGACAGCAUCCAGAGAUUCGAGCACUAAUAUCUGACUUCCUGCAGUUGCUGUUGUUGAGGAAACCAGACGACGUCUUUCUGUUUGCCAGAGAGUACUUCACCCCUUUUGCCUCCAAUCAUCCUGCAGACGCAGACCAGGAAGCCCAGUCCCUCUAGUCACAUUAUCACAUGCUCACAAACUGUCUCUUUACAAGCUUCAUAUAUGUUUGUUCAUGAGAAUAAUCUUCACUGACAUUUAGAAAGUUAUUUUGUUUUUUAUUCCGAGUGACUGACUAUUAGUUGUAUCUGUGGACAUUUGGUGGAGAAGAACACAAACGAUCAAAACUCAAACGUUGUGAUCUUUCCAGUAAAAGACAGAUAAAUAA